UUUAAAUUAUUAAACUGCUCUUACCUCAGCCCAUAAAUUUUCCCAUUUUAAAGAUUCUUCCUAUUCUAGUGAGGCUGGGGAGGUGGGAAAUGAGUGCGCAGCUGUGUGGUACUUAGUUGCUUGCUGGGGCUGGCAGUUCUAAUGCCACAUGUGGAAUACUGUGUUCAGUUUUGAUCAGCCCACUUGAAGGUAGGGAGUGAAAGGUGGGAGAGAUACUAGCAGAAGACUACAGUGGAUUAGAGAGUUGCAGAGUAUGAAAUGUAUGAGUAAAAGCUGUAGGAAUUUAGUUUGUUUAGCUUGAAAAAGGCAGAGGUAGGGGUUUAAUCAGAGUUUUAGUAUCUAAGAAGUAGUUGUAGAAAAUAUGGAGGUACUCUUCACAAAGAUGUGUCCUGACAAAACAAGGCAACAGGCCCAAGAUGUUUAGGGGAAAACUCCUCUGGAUUUAAAAAAAAAUCUCUUGUGAGAACAAUUAAACUGAAAAAUGUUGCCCUCAGAAGUGGAAUCUCAGUUCCUGGAAACAUUCAAGACUUGGUUUGACAUGACGAUGAGUAGCAUAAUUAAAGGCUCUGCUUUCAAUGGAAGGCUCAAAAAUACAAUUUCCAGAUGUCAAAGUCUCCUAAACUUCCCUCAUUUCUCUAAUUCUCUGUCUCCUGUGACCUUGUUUAGGAAAUAAUACUGCUGUUUAUUGUUUGAGUGAUACCCUUCAAAAAUGUAAAUCUAUAUAGUUUUUUUCUCAUUCUUGACAAUGCAUCAGAACUCUGAAGAUCCUUUUGAAUGCAGCGUUAUUCAGGCACCUAGUGUUUCUGAAAAUAAAACCACUAUGUUGUUACGUGCUUAAAAUGUCAAUAAAAGCACUUUGACAAAAGAGGUUCCGUGGUCCAGCUGCUUGUACUUCAGUGUUCUGUUCUGUGGUCUUUUGAAAGUGAGGGAUUUGGGUACUGUAGAGUUGCUGAAUAUAUUGGUAGUUCACAUUGAUAAUAGAUACUUACAGUAACUUACUUAUUGCUGCUGGAUGUAAGAAAAAACUGCCUCAGUAUGUAGAUUUGGAAAGAAUGGACACAGUUGGUUAGUGACUGUAAGCAAUUCUGAUAAACCUGUGCUAGCUGUUGAAUUUUUUCCUAGGGUUUUAAUUGGAGAAAUACAACAGACAAAGUCUGAAUAUCAAAUUGUGCAGGAGCAGUUUAGCAGGAUGAAACAAAAUGACCAAAACAAAAAUGACACAACUGAGAGAAUUCAGAAGGUCCGCAGUAUGUGGACACUUAUAGUGGAAAUGCUUACAUCUCUGAAAAAGGAAAAGGAAGUUGUGGAUUUUGUACUUGAAGACUGUGUUAACCCAUGUAUUCUAAAUGGAACUGAUGUUGUUUUGAGUGUACCAGAGUUGUUGACUUACACCGUUGAAAGUAAUAAAUAUGGCUUUUGUACAGGAAAUUUGUAUGAAGGUGGAAAACUGAAUUUCCUAACAGUUAUUCAGUUGCUAAAUGAAGCCCUGAUGACAUUGAGAGAUGAACAUUGUCCGUGUGAAUUAAAAACACUUCUUAGAAUUGAGGACAUAGUUACAUUCUACAGGAAGGUACUACAGGAGUUGAACACAAAAAGUCUAAGCACAAAGCAACAACAUUGUGAGCCAAACCUUCAGUCUACUUCCAGAGAAGAGGAAAUCUGGGAAUCGAAGUGGAAAACGAUUCUUGGCCAGUGUCCUUUAAAUUUAAUCAUUAGAGAUGAUCUACAACUUUUGGAGGCUUCAUCGCUCCAAUGUUUUAGUUCUUCAGACGAAGAUGAAGACAGUGUCUUUGGUCAGUCAUUUUCAGAUAAUCAUGACUCUUGCCAUGAAGAAUGCCAUGGGAAGAAUGAUGGGGCUUUGGAAGACAUGAAGGAUACAACAUUAGUACCCUCAAGAUGUGACUUCCUCUCUCCCUUCUUGAGAUGCUCAUCAGUGCGGUCAUCAUCAGAAGCAUCUGAAAAUGGAGACCUGUUAAUUGAAAAUAACUUGCGUACUUGUGUGGGAAAUAAAAAAUCUCCAUCUCCAAAAAUCUUAAAAAAUGGAAAGGAAGAAUUCCCCACUUCAGAAAUGGAGAAGAAUGUAGGCAAAAAUGUUAUCCGGACAAAGUCUCCUGUGAAAAAAGAUUACCUUCUUGAGAAAGCCAGAGAUGAACUGGCAGAAGAGAUUGCAAAGUCAGUGUGUGAGUCACCUGAGAGUGGUGAAGAACAAGGAAUGGCAUUAGAUGAUCUCAUUAGCUCACUGUCUUGUAACCCAUUUUUAACAAGGAAACAAAUACCCCGAACUCCAGAAAAUCUGCUUACUGAAAUUAGAAGUUCGUGGAGAAAAGCUAUUCAGACUGACGACUCAUUAGAGCUAGAACUGUCCUCAACUCAAGUGGUGACAGAAGAUUCUGCAAUGAAUGCUACCUGUAUGCAGGAGGAGGUGGACUCUACCUUUGUGUGCUCCGAACAUGCAUCUCCUGUAUCUGACUUGGAUCCUCCUUUGUCAGAAAAGAAGUCUCAAUUAAGAUCUACAGAAUCUAGUUUUCAGGAGCAGGUGAGCGUAAGUCAUACAUUUGAGUCUUCAGGUUCAAAAACAUCUGGAAUUCAAGAAAGUGAGAAAACUGACUCUGAGAAACUAGAUUGUUCUCCUUUGAGUGGAAGUUCUGUCGGAGAUCUAAGCCAGACUUCGCAAAAUUUAGAGAAGAGCAUUAAUAUUCCAGAUACUUGUUUGAAAAGUGGUAGUAAAACAAAUAGACUACUUUCAGACCACUCUCGCAGUUUUCUAAUGGAUAAGAUGCUGUGCCAGAAAGUAUCUGCAUUAAAUUCUAUCAGUCAUGAAACUACUGACAUGGGGAUAUUGGGUGAGACACUUCCAGAAUGUGAUAUAGAUCUCAGCAUAUCUGGAGACUCAGACUCCUCUUUUUUUAGAAUGGACAGUGAAAAUUCAACAAGUGACUCUGAAAAUGAUGAGGAUAUUAAAAAAAAAUCGGACCUAGAUACACAGUCCCUGUCCAACUCACAUGAAGUGCCAAAAAAGACUGCAUCUAAAAGUGAAGAGAAGCUGAACUAUCAAAUACGUAGUAGAGACAGAUGGGAAUAUUGUAGAGCUGAACUAUUUACGAUACCAGAAGAAGGAGAGGAAAAUGAUGAUGAGCCUUCCACAGAUGAAGGAUUUACCAAGAUGCCAUUGCCAAACUCUCCUACUGAAGCCAAAUAUUCCCUAUCAUCUUUAGUGGUAUCAUGUCAACAGAUAGAGGUACAUGAAGUACCAUUAGACUUACUACAUAAGUUGAAGGGUAAGUGUCUGUGUUCUUUAUGCAUCAAGAUUUUGUCCAUUCUGUCACUGGUUAUACUACCAUGAAUAACCUCUGAGUAGUUGAACUGUGCUGUGGAAGUGGAAGGAAAUAAAUUAUUUGUAUGCUUAUUCCUCAUAGAGGAUGAGACAUUAAAAAUAAAGGAAACAUGCUUCCUUUAGUUGUAGAAGUUCUACCAGCAUCUUUGAAGUAUGAGAGAAGAUGUUCAUCUAACUUUAUGCCAUAAUCUGGACCUGUUUAAAAAGAAAAAAGCCUUAAGGUGCAUUAACUGCAAUCUGCAGUUAGAGUUUGAAUAAUCUGAAGUUAGAUUUUGAGAAUUCACAAAGAUAGUUUGAAGCUUUGUGUUUACUCCGAACAAAUUUGGCUAUUUAGAAAUGUGUCAUGGUCACUGAAACUUCAGCGAGUUUUUAUCCUGCAUUCCAGCCUGCCUAUCCCCUUAUUCCAUUUCCAACAUAAGUGCCAAUUGUUUAACCAGUAUUGCAGUAUUUAGUUAUAUGUGAGGUUAAACUAUUGAAAUGGAUUGAUAAAAAUGAACUAGUAAUGGAGGACUUCCAUGAAAACAGAUGGUAUGCAGGGAUGUGAUGAGGCAGGCCACCGCCCACUUGGAAUUGACUCUGGCAAGGUAUGUCAAUGAUAAGUACAUAAGCAGGAAAACAAAGAUUAGGGAAAAGUGUUGGGGCCAUUGUUGAAGCAGAUGGGUGUCCUGGUGAUGGAAGACACUGUGAAGGUGGAAUUAGUGAAUGCCUUCUUUGCCUUAGUCUUUACUGCUGAGGCUGUUCUUCAGGAAUCCUAGACACCAGACAUAAGAGGAAGGCUGGAGAAAGGAGCACUUGCUGCUGGUCAUAGAGGGUUCAGUUAGAGGUCAGCUAGACAGACUUAAUGCCCAUAAAUCUAUGGGCUCCAAUGACAUGCUCCCAUGGAUGCUGAGGGAGCUGGCAGAUACUGUUGCUAAGCCAUUCUCCAUUAUGCUUGAAAAAUGGAGAACAGGAGGUGCCUGAUGACUGGAUGAAAACCAGCGUUGCAUCCCUCUUCCAAAAGGGCAGCAAGGAGGAGCCAGGAAACUACUGGCCAGUCAACCUCAGCAUCAUCCCUGGAAAGGUGGUGGAACAGACCACUCUGAAGAACAUCACCAAGCGUGUAGAAGAAAUGUACAUCAUCAGGAAUAUUCAGGAUGGAUUCACCAAGGAGUCAGGAUGGCUAUUGGGAGUAGAAAAGUGGAAAUAAUACUAUACCAAUAGUCUUCUGAGAUGACAUGGCAGAAUGAGUUGGCUAGGGGAGAGCAGUGGAUAUUCUUGGCUGUUAAAGAAACUUCCCAGUCUGGCCAUUCAUGAGACUGUCUGGCAGUGACAUUCCCAAAGUCAGAGACUUUCACUGUUGGGAGUGAAGCCCCUUCGCAGUGGGUGACUCCAGUGCCCUGCUUGACUCCUCACACAGCCCACACUCACAUGCAGUCAGACCAGGUUCCCUUACAGGUUCGACCCCAGGUUUCCCUUAGUGGUGUCUCAGAUGUCUCAGUCCAUAAAGCCA